CUCUCGGAUAAUAUCAUCAGCCACAGACAUAGCCCAAAGCUCUGCAGAAUCUCAUGGCAGUACCCAUGCGACUUCGCUUCUUCUUGCUUUGCCUCGUCUGGGCCCUACUCCGUCCGGGGGCGGCGGCCGAGGACGGUGAGCACCCAAGCGGCGGUGGCAGCAGCAGCAUAAUCUUCGCGUCGCUGGGCAGCAGGUCGGACAACGCAUUCGAUAUAUUCACCCUUCCCUUCCGAGGCCGCUCGAGCCCAAUCAAUGAGCUCCGGCUCACCGAUGGCCGGUCGCUGAACUUCAACGGCCAUUUCCCUUCGACAUCAUCGUCCGGCGUUCCCCUCCUCUCUCUCUUGUCCAACCAAACCCUAAUCAGAACAGCCGACGAAGCUCCCCCUGUUCCUCCAUCUCUGGAGCUGAUUUACGUGACCGAGCGGAACGGCACGUGGAGGAUAUACUACGACGCCGUUUAUUACGAAGCGGAGAGGAAAACCCGAAGCAGAGCGGCCCUUGAAACCACGGUGAGGGUUCAGAUUCCUCUGGUUGGGGGGGCAGGGGAUGGAGUUUCGAUGAAGGACAAGCCCACUCUGAGCGGCGGGCAUUUGAUUUACGUGUCGACUCACGAGGACGCCGGCGAGCCAAGGACGAGUUGGGCCGCGGUGUACUCGACCGAGUUGCGGACUGGUCUGACUCGGCGGCUGACUCCCUACGGAGUUGCCGAUUUCAGCCCUGCAGUCUCGCCUUCCGGGGUUUGGACGGCGGUGGCGUCGUACGGAGAGGUGGGCUGGGGCGGUGAAGUCGAGGAACUCGGUACGGACAUCUAUGUGUUCCUGAGUCGUGAUGGAAGUGAGCGGGUCAAGGCCGUCGAGCACGGCGGCUGGCCCUGUUGGGUCGACGACCGGACUCUGUUCUUCCACCGGAGAGGGAGUGACGGCUGGUGGAGUGUACACCGGGCGGUCCUGCCGAGCGAGGGGCCAGUCACGCCUGAAACCGUGGUGACCCACCGGGUCACGCCGCCGGGACUUCAUGCGUUCACCCCCGCGACUUCGCCGGGGAACAAGGAUUUCAUUGCUGUGGCGACGAGGCGGCCGGGGUCGGACUUUCGGCACGUGGAGAUCUUCGACCUGGUGAGAGGCGAGUUCAGGGAGUUGACUCGGCUCGUGUCGCCGCGGACUCAUCACUUCAACCCGUUCAUCUCGCCCGACUCUCGCCGCGUCGGGUACCACAAGUGCCGAGGCGGAGCUAACGGCCCCGAAACAAGUCCACACUUUUUACUUGAGAAUGUCCGAAGCCCUGUCCCCGGGCUCUCUCUAUUUAGGGUCGACGGCUCCUUCCCUUCCUUCUCACCUGCCGGUGACCGCAUUGCAUACGUCAAGUUCCCCGGCGUGUAUGUAGUGAACCGGGACGGUUCAGGUCGUCGUGAGGUCUAUUCUGGUACCGCCUUCUCCACCGCCUGGGACCCUGUCCGGGCAGGGGUCGUUUACACCAGUACUGGUCCCACCUUUGCUACGGAGACCACCCAUGUCGACAUUAUAUCUAUUGCUGCAGACAACGCGGAUGGACCGGUUGUUAAGAAACUGACCACUAAUGGCAAGAAUAAUGCAUUCCCGGCGCUGUCCCCUGAUGGGAAGUGGAUCGUGUUCCGAUCAGGCCGAUCGGGGCACAAGAACCUGUACAUAAUGGAUGCCGUUGAGGGAGAGAUGGGGAGACUUCAGAGGCUGACCAAAGGCCCAUGGACCGAUACGAUGUGCGCAUGGUCCCCAGAUGGUGAGUGGAUUGCCUUCGCAUCCGACAGGAGCAAACCUGGCAGUGGAAGCUUUGAGCUGUACCUCAUCCAUCCCAAUGGGACCGGGCUGAGGAAGCUGGUCCAGAGCGGGUUGGCCGGCCGGACUAACCACCCGUACUUCAGCCCGGACGGGCAGAGCUUGGUAUUUACUUCAGACUAUGCAGGAGUGUCAGCUGAACCAAUCUCGAAUCCACACCACUAUCAGCCCUAUGGCGAGAUAUUCACGAUCAAAUUGGACGGAUCCAAUUUGAGGAGGCUGACACAUAACUCAUUCGAGGAUGGGACCCCUGCUUGGGGGCCAGCGUACAUCAGGCCUCGGGACGUGGAGUUACCCAAUUAUGGUGCCCGGUGCGAGUUCGAAGACUGCCACUGGCUUAAUGAGAUACCCAGGAAGGGCUUUGCUGGUUCCCACCCCGGAUCUGCCAUUGCCAGGCCUCAAUGUGGUGGUUCAUAGAUGGACUCUAGCAUUCUCUUGUAUAAAUAAUAAUCCGACCAUUGCUUCUUGUGGGUUGAAGAAAGAACUCCAAUGGUCGUGUCGACUUCGUAACAUAGGUAAAUAUGCUACUUGAUUUUGUAUCUUUUGUAAUAAAGUUGGUGUAUCAAUAUAACUUCUUGUUCUCUGUAAUAUUCAUGAGCUUUGAGAUAA